AAACAAAAACUUAAAUUCAGGGACUCCCCUGGUGGCUCAGUGGUUAAGAAUCUGCCUGCCAAUGCCAGGGACACCGGUUCGAGCCCUUGUCUUGACCUCUAGGAAGAUCGCACAUGCCGCGGAGCAACUAAGCCCGUGCGCCACAACUACUGACCCUGUGCUCUAGAGCCUGCGAGCCACAACUAUUGAAGCCCGCGCACCUACAGCCCGUGCUCCGCGACAGGAGAAGCCACCACAAUGAGAAGCCCGCGCACCACAAUGAAGAGUAGCCCCGGCUCGCCACAACUAGAUAAAGCCCACGUGCAGCAAUGAAGAGCCAACACAGCCAAAAAAAAAAAAUUCACAUCUUCACAAUACCUGCUUGACAUCUACCCGAGAAUGCCAGCAAGACUCCUCCACUAGCUUGGGCAAGGGCAACUAGAUGAAAACCAUCAAGCCAGUCCAGCCUCAGGCCCCCAAGCCUGCGCAGGUGUAGCCUGGCUCUGGCCUGGGCUGCACGAGAACAGUGAGGUGCGUUCCCCUCGUCCUUGGGACCUGUGUGCACUUGCCUGCUUCUGCUCCAAGACCUCAGACUCCCUGAACUCAGCAUUCAAAAUGCUUCAGGAGCUGAUUCCCACCCAUUCAAAUCCCACAGCUGGGGUUUCUCAUCCCUAUUUGGCCUUUCACACAGUUUUUUAUGUUUUUUAUGCAGAUGGGUUUCCUGUUCCUCAGACCCCAUUUUUCGGUUGGCUAUGGGAGAAGGUUUUUGAGAAAAAGGUGGAGGGAGUGGUUCUCAUGAUGGCAAGUGUUCUCUGUUCCUUUAUUAAAACAAAAUGAUGCAUCUCCACCCAUCAGACUUGGAUUUGUCCUGGCUCACAGACCGUGGGAGCGGAGGACCCUAGAGGUCAGUGAUUUUGGAACCUUUAGGGAAUCAGAGGAGAAGCAAGUCCUGCCUGGAAGGGUUGGCCUCCUGAAGAGGCUGGAGGCAGAGCCCAGGUUCAGCCCGCAGCUAAAUUACCCCAAUGCACAGCAGGUUGGUUUUGUGACUUGAAAUCACUGAUUUACUCCUUAAGCCUUGAUUGAUUUAAACUUUGCUGGACCAGCCUACUUCCCUAGGAUUGAAGAUUAGUAUGGGGUGAAAAUGCUUUGCAGAAACCAAAGGCACACACAGUUGGAAGUGAGAACUCCUGGCUCUGGAUUCUCCAAACUCUGGAUCACACUCCCCUAUCCUGCACCUGUAGCAUAUGGAGAGUAAUUAUUCUAUUAUUAGCUGAUUUGUUGUAAGUCACAUUUCAAAUGGCUGUCUUGAUAAUUUUGCAUUUUGGGGGGUAGAUGGUUGGUUCUGAUCAUCCUUUUGCCUCAAAAUGUGGUAGAAGUUUCACCAUCUGCACUUGUCCUUGUGUUUUUAGUGAUGUGUGCCACCUGGGUUUUUUUUUGGUCUGUCUUUUAAGCUACUUCAACCUGUGUGAUUCUAAGUUAAACUAGAUGCUAACUCCACGUGUAAACUGCAGUGCUCAGCAUCAGGCUGAAAGCAAAGCAGUGAGGACAUCUGGGCAGCCUCGUGGAGCAGCCCUGUUCACAGAACACCUCUGGCCAAUUUGAAAUGUAAACAGAAUCUUUAAUUUCCCUUCCUGCAGCCGGGGGUGGGGGGCUCACCUUGCACCCCCCUUGCCUGGGAGUGCACGCCUCCAGCAGGGAGCACUGCGCCUCUGCCCUUCCCCAGCAGAGCUUUCAAAAAUGCAGAUCCCCUCCCCCUAAUUUCUGGUGGGGGGCGAGGGCUGGGAAUUGACACUUUAACAGAGUCUAUCCAGCAAGCCUCAAAUGGAGCCACGUUUGGGGACUGUUAAAGAAAAAAUAUUGUUGAAAAUUAUUUAUGACACUUGUUAAAGACAAGUAAGGCAAACUUUAUUCGAGGGGGCUACUCAGUAGGGUUUUGCAGUGGGGGCGAAGUUGUGCUCAACUCCCAAUACAAAGAAAAGUGGCAGGGUGGGGGGGGGUCGGUGGAUGGAUGAUUAUUAACAGGAAACAUAGGAGUAAGAGGGGAUUCUGGCUAAAUUGACCUAACAGGAUUCUUCCUGAGGGCGGCCGGGUGAUUAGACACCACCUGGAAGAUGGUGGCGGGUGAUGAUCAGAUGCGGGGGAUGGGUGGACUUUGGUUAGAUCAACUUAGCAGUAUUCUUGCUAAAAAUGGACAAUUUGGAGAUGCACACGGAAGUCCAAAAGGCAGGUCCUAGCUGAGAAGAGUUCAGAGAGGAGCCCGACCUGGAUGUGGUCAAGGAGAGACUGUCAGGACCCGGGACAGCGGGGCCGGCGUCUCCCAUCAGCUGGGGAGUCAGGGCUCUACAGCCGAGGGCGCAGACAACGCGAUCUGCCGACAGGGAGCGCGCCAGGGCCUCCGCGCCCGCGGGCGGCCGGAAGCCGGAAGUGCGGGGAUGCGGCCGAGCCGGGGGAAGGGUCACGGUGCGCGCGGGGUCGGGUCACGGUGCGCGCGGGGUCGGAGCCCGGCCGGCCGGGCUCCGAGUUCCCUACUACCGCCCAGAAUCAGACUCCCGGACCCGCCCCGGAAGCCAAGAAGGGGGCGCGGGCCCGGAGGCAGGAAGCCCUGCUGGAGGAGCGCCGGGGACGCGGGCGGUGCUGUUGCCGGUGAGGCUCCGCGUGGUUGCCGCGCGUCCCACCUCGCCCUCCUCCUACAGGUCGGCACCGGUCUGGUCGCGCCAGGACGGCGCGGGGUCCCCGAGGGCUGCGGCGGCUGAGAAUCGGGAGCUCUGGGCUGGGCACGCGCCCGCGGGGCCGCGCCGGGGCGUCCCAGGCCCUCAUCCACCCCCAGCCGGCGGAGUCUGGAGGACCCGGGAAUUAAAGCUGGACUCCCAUUCAGGACAAACAGACCUAUAAUUCCUGGUGUGAUGAGAGAGUGGGAUUUGCUGUCCUGAAGUCAUUAAGCUUGGGCCCUGGUUCCUCUUCAUGAGAGACUAGGGAGAUGGAAGACUUAAAAUCUGAGAAUAAAAAAAGGGUGCUUCCCGCAUGGAUGACAGCCCAGGUGGCUGAAAAGAGGAUGGUGCAGGUGAAGACCCCCAAGAGGAGAACAGCCACGGUGCCAGUGGCUGCAGCAAGACUUCCUGCCAUGAGGACUGUGUACUGCAUGAAUGAAGCUGAAAUCGUAGACGUUGCUCUGGGGAUCCUGAUUGAGACCAAAUACACACAAGAGGCUCUAAAAGGUGGAAAGAAGAAGGCAGAUGAUGAGGGACUUCAGCAGCGGAAGAGGAGCAUGAUGAAUGCAGUCCCAAGAAAUGCAUCAAACUGGCAUAAUAUGAAAAUAAAUCACCUGAAAGACUGCAUGAAAAUGACCUAUAGAUGGAAAGGGGAUGAUAGUUGCAGAGCACUCUGCUGGAUUUACCUUUGAAAACUGAUGCGAAGCUUAAUUCCAUCGCAAUAAGACUCUUCAUUCUCAUGGUCAACAUGAUGCUUUAUCUUAAAGUAAGUGUGCAUACGCUGCAAUAUGCACCUUCAAGAACAUAAUUAGCACUGAAUCAACAUUUGGAUUAAUAUGUAACCAGACGUGUUUGUGGAGUCAGGGACUUCCUAUUAAUUUACAAUUUCCACUAUAAACAGCAGAACAAAUAUGACUAAGAGAUUAGCCCAGGUACCAAGUUAUUUUUUAUAGCAACAUGUCUCAUAUACCCACCAUCUUCAGCUAGGUAAACCACAGGAUCCUCCUUGGAGCUUGGAUAAAGGGGUUCUAUCUCCAGGCCUGUUGGGAUGUACGUUCGCUCAGGAUUAGAAGGGGUCCAAUCUGGAGAAAAAGAAAAAACAGAGGGACCUUCAAGAUGGCAGAGGAGUAAGAUGUGGAGAUCAUCUUCCUCCCCACAAAUACAUCCACACGUGGAACAACUCCUACAGAACACCUACUGAACACUGGCAGAAGACCUCAGACCUCCCAAAAGGCAAGAAACUCCCCAUGUACCUGAGUAGGGCAAAAGAAAAAAGAGAGACAAAAAAUAGGGAUGGGACCUGCACCUCUGGGAGGGAGCUGUGAAGGAAAAAAGGUUUCCACACACUAGGAAGCCCCUUAACUGGCGGAGACUAGGGGUGGCAGGAAGCUUCAGAGCCACGGAGGAGAGCGCAGCAACAGGGGUGCAGAGGGCAAAGCAGAGAGAUUCCCGCACAGAGGAUUGGUGCCGACCAGCACUCGCCAGCCUGAGAGGCUUGUCUGCUCAUCUGCCAGGGCGGGUGGGGGCUUGGAGCUGAGGCUCGGGCUUCAGAGGUUGGAUCCCAGGGACAGGACUGGGGUUGGCUGCAUGAACACAGCCUGAAGGGGGCUAGUGCACCACAGCUAGCCAGGAGGGAGUCCGGGAAAAGGUCUGGAGCUGCUAAAGAGGCAAGAGACUUUUUCUUGCCUCUUUGUUUCCUGGUGCGUGAGGAGAGGGGAUUAAGAGUGCUGCUUAAAGGAGCUCCAGAGACGGGUGCGAGCCGGGGCUAUCAGCGCGGACCCCAGAGACGGGCAUGAGAUGCUAAGGCUGCUGCUACCGCCACCAAGAAGCCUGUGUGCAAGCACAGGUCACUAUCCACACCCCCCUUCCGGAAGCCUGUGCAGCCCACCACUGCCAGGGUCCCGUGAUCCAGGGGCAACUUCCCCGAGAGAACACACGGCGCACCUCAGCCUCUUAAAACGUCAUGCUGGCCUCUGCCGCCACAGGCUCGCCCCGUAUUCCAAACCCCUCCCUGCCCCCUGGCCUGAGUGAGCCAGAGCCCCCUAAUCAGCUGCUACUUAAACCCUGUCCUGUCUGAGCGGGAACAGAUGCCCUCAGGCGACCUACACGCAGAGGUGGGGCCAAAUCCAAAGCUGAACCCCAGGAGCUGUGCGAACAAAGAAGAGAAAGGGAAAUCUCUCCCAGCAACCUCAGGAGCAGCGGAUAAAAUCUCCACAAUAAACUUGAGGUACCCUGCAUUUGUGGAAUACCUGAAUAGAAAACAAAUCAUCCCAAAAUUGAGGCAGUGGACUUUGGGAGCAACUGUAGACUUGGGGUUUGCUUUCUGCAUCUAAUUUGUUUCUGGUUUUAUGUUUAUCUUAGUUUAAUAUUUAGAGCUUAUUGUCGUUGGUAGAUGUGUUUAUUGAUUUGGUUGCACUCUUCCUUUUUUUAAAUUUAUAUAAUAUUUUUUCCUUUUUUUCUUUUUGUGACUGUGUAUGUGUAUGCUUGUUUGUGUGAUUUUGUCUGUAUAGCUUUGCUUUUACCAUUUUUCCUAGGGUUGUCUGUUUUUUUUCUUGGUAGUUUUUAGCGCUUGUUAUCAUUGGUGGAUUUGUUUUUCGGUUUGCUUGCUCCCUUCUUUAUUUCUAUUACUUUUGUUUUUAAUAUUUACUUUUUAUUUUAGUAACUUUAUUUUGUUUUACUUUCUUUUUUUUUUCCCUCCCUUUCCUCCCUUUUCAUCUGAGCCAAGUGACUGACAGGGUCUUGGUGCUCUGGCUGGGUGUCAGACCUGAGCUGAGUUCAGGAUACUGGUCUACCAGAGACCUCCCUGCCCAACAUAAUAUGAAAUGGUGAAAGCUCUCCCAGAGAUCUCCAUCUCAACGCAAAGACCCUGCUCCACUCAACGACCAGCAAGCUACAGUGCUGGACACCCCAUGCCAAACAACUAGCAAGACAGGAACACAAUCCCACCCAUUAGCAGAGAGGCUGCCUAAAAUCAUAGUAAGUUCACAGACACCCUAAAGCACACGACCAGACGUGGACCUGCCCACCAGACAGGUAAGAUCCAGCCUCAUCCACCAGAAUACAGGCACCAGUCCCUUCCACCACAAAACCUACACAACCCAACUGAACCAACCUUACCCACUGGGGUUAGAAACCAAAAACAACGGGAACUAGGAACCUGCAGCCUGCAAAAAGAAGACCCCAAACACAGUAAGUUAAGCAAAAUGAGAAGACUGAGAAACACACAGCAGCUGAAGGAGCAAGGCAAAAAUCCACCAGGCCAAACAAAUGAAGAGGAAAUAGGCAGUUUACCUGAAGAAGAAUUCCAAGUAAUGAUAGUAAAGAUGAUCCAAAAUCUUGGAAAUAGAUGGAGAAAAUAAAAGAAACGUUUAACAAGGAACUAAAAGAACUAAAGAGAAAACAAACAAUGAUGAACAACACAAUAAAUGAUAUUAAAAAUUCUCUAGAAGGAAUCAAUAGCAGAAUAACCGAGGCAGAAGAAUGGAUAAGUGACCUGGAAGAUAAAACAGUGGAAAUAACUACUGCAGAGCAGAAUAAAGAAAAAAGAAUGAAAAGAAUUGAGGACAGUCUCAGAGACCUCUGGGACAACAUUAAAUGCAUGAACCUUCAAAUUAUAGGGGGUCCCAGAAGAGAAAAGAAAAAAAAAUGAACUAAGAAAAUAUUUGAAGAGAUUAUAGUUCAAAACUUCCCUAAUGUGGGAAUGGAAAUAAUCAACUCCAGGAAGCACAGAGAGUCCCAGUGAGGAUAAAUCCAAGGAGAAACACGCCAAAACACAUAUUAAUCAAACUAUCAAAAAUUAAAUACAAAGAAAAAAUAUUAAAAGCAGCAAGCCAAAAGCAACAAAUAACAUACAAGGGAAUUCCCAUAAGGUUAACAGCUGAUCUUUCAGCAGAAACUCUGCAAGCCAGAAAGGAGUGGCAGGACACAUUUAAAGUGAUGAACGGAAGAAUCUACAAACAAGAAUACUCUACCCAGCAAGGAUCUCAUUCACAUUUGACGGAGAAAUUAAAACCUUUACAAAGGUCUUCCCUGGUGGCGCAGUGGAUAAGAAUCCACCUGCCAAUGCAGGACACAUGGGUUCGAGCCCUGGUCCAGGAAGCUCCCACAUGCCAUGGAGCAACUAAGCCCAUGCGCCACAACUACUGAGCCUGUGCUCUUCAGCCCGCGAGCCACAACUACGGAAGCCCACGCACCUAGAGCCCGUACUCUGCAAUAAGAGAAGCCACUGCAAUGAGAAGCCCGUGCACCACAACGAAGAGUACCCCUGGCUCGCCACAACUAGAGAUAGCCUGUGUACAGCAAUGAAGACCCAACGCAGCCAAAAAUAAAAUUUAAAAAACCUUUACAGAAAAGCAAAAGCUCUUUAAAUUCUUUAAGAGAAUUCUGCGCCACCAAAUCAGCUUCACAACAAAUGCUAAAGGAACUUCUCUAAGCAGGAACACAAGAGAAGGAAAAGACCUACAAAAACAAACCCAAAACAAUUAAGAAAAUGGGAAUAGGAACAUACAUAUCGAUAAUUACCUUAAAUGUAAAUGGAGUAAAUGCUCCAACCAAAAGACACAGACGCUGAAUGGAUACAAAAACAAGACCCGUAUAUAUGCUGUCUACAAGAGACCCACUUCAGACCUAGGGACACAUACAGACUGAAAGUGAGGGGAUGGAAAAAGAUAUUCCAUGCAAAUGGAAAUCAAAACAAAGCUGGAGUAGCAAUUCUCAUAUCAGACAAAAUAGACAUUAAAGACUAUUAGAAGAGACAAAGAAGGACACUACAUAAUGAUCAAGGGAUCCAUCCAAGAAGAAGAUAUAACAAUUGUAAAUAUUUAUGCACCCAACAUAGGAGCACUUCAAGACAUAAGGCAAAUACUAACAGCCAUAAAAGGGGAAAUCGACAGUAACACAUUCAUAGUAGGGGACUUUUAACACCCCACUUUCACCGAUGGGCAGAGCAUCCAAAAUUAAAAUAAAUAAGGAAACACAAGCUUUAAAUGACAUAUUAAACAAGAUGGACUUAAGUGGUAUAUAUAGGACAUUCCAUCCCAAAACAACAGAAUACAAUUUCCUCUCAAGUGCUCAUGGAACUUUCCCUAGGAUAGAUCAUAUCUUGGGUCACAAAUCAAGCCCUGGUAAAUUUAAGAAUAUUUAAAUUGUAUCAAGUAUCUUUUCUGACCACAAUGCUAUGAGACUAGAUAUCAAUUACAGGAAAAAAAUCUGUAAAAAAUACAAACACAUGGGGGCUAAACAAUACACUACUAAAUAACCAAGAGAUCACUGAAGAAAUCAAAGAGGAAAUCAAAAAAUGCCUAGAAACAAAUGACAAUGAAAACACGACGACCCAAAACCUACGGGAUGCAGCAAAAGCAGUUCUAAGAGGGAAGUUUAUAGCAAUACAAUCCUACCUCAAGAAACAAGAAACAUCUCAAAUAAACAACCUAACCUUACACCUAAAGCAAUUAGAGAAAGAACAAAAAGACCCUGAAGUUAGCAGAAGGAAAGAAAUCAUAAAGAUCAGAUGAGAAAUAAAUGAAAAAGAAAUGAAGGAAACGAUAGCAAAGAUCAAUAAAACUAAAAGCUGGUUCUGAGAAGAUAAACAAGAUUGAUAAACCAUUAGCCAGACUCAUCAAGAAAAAAAGGGAGAAGACUCAAAUCAAUAGAAUUAGAAAUGAAAAAGGAGAAGUAACAACUGACACUGUAGAAAUACAAAGGAUCAUGAGAGAUCACUACAAACAACUAUAUGCCAAUAAAAUGGACAACCCGGAAGAAAUGGACAAAUUCUUAGAAAAGCACAACCUUCCAACACUGAACCACGAAGAAACAGAAAAUAUGAACAGACCAAUCAGAAGCACUGAAAUUGAAACUGUGAUUAAAAAUCUUCCAACAGGGCUUCCCUGGUGGCGCAGUGGUUGAGAGUCCGCCUGCCGAUGCAGGGGACACGGGUUUGUGCCCCGGUCUGGGAAGAUCCCACAUGCCGCAGAGCGGCUGGGCCCGUGAGCCAUGGCCGCUGAGCUUGCGCGUCUGGAGCCUGUGCUCCGCAACGGGAGAGGCCACAACAGUGAGAGCCCCGCGUACCAAAAAAAAAAAAAAAAAAAAAAAAAAAAUCUUCCAACGAACAAAAGCCCAGGACCAGAUGGCUUCACAGGCGAAUUCUAUCAAACAUUUAGAGAAGAGCUAACACCUAUCCUUCUCAAACUCUCCCAAAAUAUAGCAGAGGGAGGAACACUCCCAAACUCAUUCUAUGAGGCCACCAUCACCCUGAUACCAAAACCAGACAAAGGUGUCACAAAGAAAGAAAACUACAGGCCAAUAUCACUGAUGAACAUAGAUGCAAAAAUCCUCCACAAAAUACUAGCAAACAGAAUCCAACAGCACAUUAAAAGGAUCAUACACCAUGAUCUAGUGGGGUUUAUCCCAGGAAUGCAAGGAUUCUUCAAUAUAUGCAAAUCAAUCAAUGUGAUACACCAUAUUAAAAAAUUGAAAGAGAAAAAACAUGAUCAUCUCAACAGAUGCAGAGAAAGCUUUCGAGAAAAUUCAACACCCAUUUAUGAUAAAACCCUCCAGAAAGCAGGCAUAGAGGGAACUUUCCCCAACAUAAUAAAGGCCAUAUAUGACAAACCCACAGCCAACAUCGUCCUCAAUGGUGAAAAACUGAAACCAUUUCCACUAAGAUCAGGAACAAGACAAGGUUGUCCACUCUCACCACUAUUAUUCAACAUAGUUUUGGAAGUUUUAGCCACAGCAAUCAGAGAAGAAAAAUAAAGGAAUCCAAAUUGGAAAAGAAGAAGUAAAGCUGUCACGGUUUGCAGAUGACAUGAUACUACACAUAGAGAAUCCUAAAUAUGCCUCCAGAAAACUACUAGAGCUAAUCAAUGAAUUUGGUAAAGUAGCAGGAUACAAAAUUAAUGCACAGAAAUCUCUUGCAUUCCUAUACACUAAUAAUGAAAAAUCUGAAAGAGAAAUUAAGGAAACACUCCCAUUUACCACUGCAAGAAAAAGAGUAAAAUACCUAGGAAUGAACCUACCUAAGGAGACAAAGGACCGCUAUUCAGAAAACUAUAAGACAGUGAUGAAAGAAAUUAAAGAUGAUACAGACAGAUGGAGAGAUAUACCAUGUUCUUGGAUUGGAAGAAUCAACAUUGUGAAAAUGACUCUACUAUCCAAAGCAAUCUACAGAUUCAGUGCAAUCCCAAUAAACUACCAAUGGCAUUUUUCACAGAACUAGAACAAAAAAUUUCACAAUUUGUAUGGAAACACAAAAGACCCCGAAUAGCCAAAGCAAUCUUGAGAAAGAAAAACGGAGCUGGAGGAAUCAGGCUCCUUGACUUCAGACUAUACUCCAAAGCUAAAAUAAUCAAGACAGUAUGGUACUGGCACAGAAACAGAAAUAUAGAUUAAUGGAACUGGAUAGAAAGCCCAGAGAUAAACCCACACACAUAUGGUCACCUUAUCUUUGAUAAAGGAGACAGGAGUAUACAAUGGAGAAAAGACAGCCUCCUCAAUAAUUGGUGCUGGGAACACUGGACAGCUACAUGUAAAAGAAUGAAAUUAGAACAUUCCCUAACACCAUACACAAAAAUAAACGCAAAAUUAAAGAGCUAAAUGUAAGGCCAGACACUAUCAAACUCUUAGAGGAAAACACAGGCUGAACACUCUAUGAAAUAAAUCACGGUAAGAUCCUUUUUGACCCAGCUCCUAGAGAAAUGGAAAUUAAAAAAAAUAAACAAAUGGGACGUAAUGAAACUUAAAAGCUUUUGCACAGCAAAGGAAACCAUAAACAAGACGUAAAGACAACCCUCAGAAUGGGAGAAAAUAUUUGCAAAUGAAGCAACUGACAAAGAACUAAUUUCCAAAAUAUACAAGCAGGUCAUGCAGCUCAAUAUCAAAAAAACAAACAACCCAAUCUAAAAAUGGGCAGUAGACCUAAAUGGACAUUUCUCCAAAGAAGAUAUACAGAUUGCCAACAAACACAUGAAAGGAUGCUCCACAUCACUAAUCAUCAGAGAAAUGCAAAUGAGAACUACAAUAAGGUAUCACCUCACAUGGGUCAGAAUGGUCAUCAUCAAAACAGCAACAAACAAUAAAUGCUGGGAAGGGUGUGGAGAAAAGGGAACCCUCUUGCACUGUUGGUGGGACUUUAAAUUGAUAGAGCCACUAUGGAGAACAGUACGGAGGUUCCUUAAAAAACUAAAAAUAGAACUACCCUACGCCCCAGGAAUCCCACUACUGGGCAUAUACCCUGAGAAAACUGUAAUUCAAAACGAGUCAUGUACCGCAAUGUUCAUUGCAGCACUAUUUACAAUAAUCAGGACAUGGAAGCAACCUAAGUGUCCAUCAACAGAUGAAUGGAUAAAGAAGAUGUGGCACAUAUAUACAAUGGAAUAUUACUUAGCCAUAAAAAGAAAUGAAAUUGAGUUAUUUGUAGUGAGGUAGAUGGACCUAGAGACUGUCAUACAGAGUGAAGUCAGAAAGAAAAAAACAAAUACCAUAUGCUAACACAUAUAUAUGGAAUAUUAAAAAAAAAGUGGUUCUGAAGAACUGAGGGCAGGACAGGAAUAAAGAUGCAGACGUAGAGAAUGGACUUGAGGACACGGGGAGGGUGAAGGGUAUGCUGGGACGACGUGAGAGAGUGGCAUGGAUAUACACUACCAAAUGUAAAAUAGCUAGUGUGAAGCAGCCACAUAGCACAGGGAGAUCAGCUUGGUGCUUUGUGACCACCUAGAGGGGUGGGAUAGGAAGGCUGGGAGGGAGACGCAAGAGGGAGGAAAAAUGGGGAUAUAUUUAUAUGUAUAGCUGAUUCACCUUGUUAUACAGCAGAAAGUAACCCACCAUUGUAAAGCAAUUAUACUCCAAUAAAGAUGUUAAAAAAUAAAAAAAGGAAAAACAUUAAUUGAAUAUGACUUCAAAAGAAAAGAGGAAAAUUUUAUUGUAUAUUUUCAAAUUAUUCAUUGGUAGAUCUAGGCUCAAAUUUAGUGUUUUAUGCAAAGCUGGAUUUUACCAGGGGUUCAUUGAAGGUAACAAUGAGCAUGGUCACACUUUAACAAAACCCAUAACAUUUGAUUUGCACCUUGGUUCUAAGUUAUUAUAUAGUUCAUGAUUAUUUUGUGUCAUCACAGAUUUUAUACUAAAGUUUCAUUUCUCCUGGGUGCUUGAUGCCUUUCUAACCUACCUCUGGGAAUCUUGCUCCACAUUUUAUUCUCCCUUUCCCUGCAUCUUCAGCUUAUUGCUUAUUAAUGGUUGUCCCCUAAACUUAUACACAUGGUUCAGGUUUCUUUUGUCUCUCCACAGGAAGGCUAUCCUUGGAGCCCCACCAUUUUCCUUAUCUAUACCAGCUUUUGUACUGUUCGUUAUUUAUUUUUUUUUGCGGUACGUGGGCCUCUCACUGUUGUGGCCUCUCCCGUUGCGGAGCACAGGCUCUGGAUGCGCAGGCUCAGCGGCCAUGGCUCACGGGCCCAGCCGCUCCGCGGCAUGUGGGAUCUUCCCGGACCGGGGCAUGAACCCGUGUCCCCUGCAUCGGCAGGUGGACUCUCAACCACUGCGCCACCAGGGAAGCCCUCUUCGUUAUUUUUAGGACCAAAUUUUUUACCAUGAUCUAUCUGAUUGGAAAAAAAUGACUUUAUGGCCCAACUACCCUCAUUUUUCCCACUUUUUAGUGGACAAGAAUUGGUGAUGACUCAUUCUCCUACUUCUCUUCUAUUAUUGGCUGUUAUGUGUCAGACUAUGCUUGGCUCUGGGAAUAAAUAUGCUCCAACAGAGGAAGCCAGCCUCAAUGAUCCCAAAUAUAUUCACUGAAACAAUAAACAAAAGAACUUGGUGACAUGAAACAAGUAUCACUGGGCAAACAUGUUUUUGGGAUAAUAGGUACAACUGCUUUAGCAACAGAAGUGUGUUUGACACAAUGAAUAGGGGUCAAGUCUAGCUACAGAAAAAGCAUGGACUAGAAUAUUGAUGCAAAGAUUCAUCAGUGUACAUUGUAGCGUUAACUGAACAACACACAACCAAAUAAACUGACAAUAAACAAUAAAACAAACUAAAAUUUAAAAGUGAGAUUCUCAUUAGUUGAAAACUUAAUCACCUCAAACCAAAAUUAAUCAUUAACUGAUAAUAUAGCAUCUGUUCUGAAAUUUUUGGGAAUUCCAGCCAUUUGCUUUUUUUUUUUUUUUUUAACAACUUGAUAUAUAAAGCUAUAUAUCUGCCCUUUAAAAAGAGUUCAGCGGGGCUUCUCUGGUUGCACAGUGCUUAAGAACUCGCCUGCCAACGCAGGGGACAUGGGUUUGACCCCUGGUCUGGGAGGAUCCCACAGGCCGCGGAGCAACUGGGCCAGCAAGCCACAACUACUGAAGCCUGCGUGCCUAGGGCCCGUGCUCCACAGCAGGAGAGGCCAUGGCAAUGAGAAGCCCGUGCACCACAACAAAGACCCAAUGCAGCCAAAAAUAAAUAAUAAAUUAAUGAAAAAAAAAAAAAAGAAAGAAAUACUUUCCUCAACUUGGCCUCCACAGCACUUCUUUCCUCCCAGAUACAAAAGCAUCUGUUUCCACUCCUAGCACUACAUCUUUCCCCUUUAAAAAAAAAAAAAAAAAGAGUACAGCCAUCUCAUUUUAUAUCUUU